AUGGCGGCUCCGCACCCCGAGAAGCUGGAGGGAGGAGUCCCGGCCCCGCCGCCCCCCCCGGGGCCCCCCAACCCGCCGGGCAGCGGCCCCCCCGGCGGGCCCGGCAGGAAGCAGGGGAAGGCAGGUCUGCAAAUGAAGAGCCCUGAAAAGAAACGGCGCAAAUCCAACACUCAGGGCCCUGCCUAUUCCCAUCUCUCGGAGUUCGCCCCGCCCCCGACUCCAAUGGUCGACCACUUGGUGGCCUCCAACCCCUUUGAAGAUGACUUUGGGGCGCCUAAAGUGGGGGCCUCGUCGGCUCCGUUCCUCGGCAACCCGGUGCCCUUUGGGAACUUCCGCAUGCAGGGGGGCAUGACAUCCCAGGUGCCACCGGGCUACGGGGGGGGCCCCCAGGCCAUGCGGAGGCAGCCCCCGCCCUUCGCCCCGAGCCAGAUGGGCCCAGCCUUCAGCAUGCCCCCCCAGAACCCCAACUACGUGCAGCCUGGUGCCAUGAGCUUCCCCAGCCAGCCCUUCAACCAGCCUCUCGGACAGAACUUCAGCCCCCCCGCAGGGCAGCUCAUGCAGGGGCCAGUUGGGGGCUUUGGGCCCAUGAUCUCCCCCACCAUGGGGCAGCCUCCCCGGGGAGACAUGGCACCGGGGCCUGCCCUGAAUCCCCCUGCCGGCCCCCCCAUGGCCCAGAGGUUCAGCCAGCCCGCCAGUCUCUUUGGACAGUCUUCAAUGCAGCGGCCCAGCCAGAACCUGCCCCCAAACACCAGCCCCUUCCCUGGGGCUGACCCCGGCUUCCCGGCUGGGGGAGAUGACGGGGGGAAGAACCUCAACCCCCCUCCCAGCACCUUCAGCCAGGAGCCGCACUCAGGCUCACCGGCCGCGGUGAACGGGGCCCAGCCGAGCUUCGCCCCCAGCAGCGCCAGCCGGAGCAGCAGCACCCCCGAAGCUAACAGCCUCCCGCCCUCCAGCAAGGCGUCUGGCAACUCUGGGCACCAGCCACCGCCGGGCCUGGUGUACCCUUGCGGGGCCUGCCGCAGCGAGGUGAACGACGACCAGGACGCCAUCCUGUGCGAGGCCUCCUGCCAGAAGUGGUUCCACCGGGAGUGCACGGGCAUGACAGAGAAUGCCUACGGGCUGCUCACCACCGAGGCCUCGGCCGUCUGGGCCUGCGACUACUGCCUGAAGACCAAGGAGAUCCAGUCGGUGUACAUCCGGGAGGGCAUGGGGCAGCUGGUGGCGGCCAAUGACGGCUGAGCGGGCGCUGGGCCCGGCUAGGGAGGGGCCGUGCUGCCCUCCCCUCGUACAGAUCCCUGCUUGGUUUUCGGGCCAAUCCCCCCCCUUAUUUUGUAGCCACCCCUCUCCCUGCGUGCAAGAGACGAUGUCGAGUGCUGGCGUCUGGCUUCGGUAACGUUUCCUCUCUGUUCUUGCUCAUCUGUGUGGCUGGGCCUGGUGCAGCUCAUGCCCUUUUAAAAUACUCGGAGUGUCCAUGGGAGGGCGAGGAGAGACCAGUUCCUGCCCCCAGAUACCCCCGCGCCUGCCAGCCCAGAGUGUGAAGUCCGGAUCGGGGUUCUGAGGUCUCUGUUACUGGCCGAGCUGAGCAGCCAGUGGUAGCAGAAUCUCUGUCUGGGGGCAGAGUAAGUGACUGUCUCACAGAGAGCCCUGGGGCCGGGGGCGUCCUGCAAAUGCGGAUGCUCGGAGCAGUCUCUACUGGAUAGAAGUGGGACAGAGCUGGCGAGGGCUGUGUCCUGGUGAUGGGGGAGCUGUGGUGUGACCCCUAGAGCUGGGAGUUGAGCCCAGAGCAGCGUUACAGAUCUUCUCCCCCACCCCCGGCCGCAGCCAGGGCUGGGAACAGCCAGGGCUCAGUCUCCUGGCAGGGGCCUGUAGUGGAACCAGCACGCUGAGCCCUUUGCACUUGACGGGUGUGUGUGUGUCUGUCCCACCCCUGAGCCGCCACUUCCCAAGCAGCACUCUGCUCUGUGCUGUUGCUGGAGGGGAGGGCAGUGGGUCUGCACCAUGAUGGCGGGGGGUGGUGCUGCCAGCGUGCGUCUGAGCAGCAGGGAAGGCGGCUUUCUCUCCCUUUCCCCAGACCGCAGCCGGUGCUCGGGACGUGUGUGGAAUCCCGGCUGAGUAUCUGGAGCGCAGCCCCCUCGGAGCUGAGCUGGGCCUGCUGCAGGUGUGAGGUGGAUUCUCCUGAUCACUCACAAAUAGUGUCUGUGGCGAGAGCCCCCCAGCCGCUGCGCUCUCGGCACCCUGCCCCCUGGGAGGAGCUGCUCUGCUAGGUCAUGCUGCACGCUGGGUUUCCGUAAAGCUCCAGCCUUGGGUCUGGAUUAGGUGAGACCCAGAUUUCGUUACAAGUCACCCCCCAGCCCUGGGGGCUGCUGAGGGCAGCUGGGAGACAUGGCCCAAGAGGCUCCACAGCCAUCGUUAGACGUCCUCGCACUUUGGGAUGUGACUCAUGAUUUUUGAAUGCCUGGGGCCCAUGGAGCCUCCAAGCCCCAUCAUGCCAUGCUGGGUGGGAGAGCCAGACACACCCUGCACUGCUGGGCCUGUCUGUGCUAGGGGGAGCGUGGCUGCUCCAUUCGUCAUUGGUUGGAUGGUGCCUGUUGCCUCCUGGGUGCCCAUGAAAGCCAGUGGGCAGUUACACAGCUGAGCAGAAGCUGCACGUGCCCCUUUCCAACGUGAGCUACGUCACACGGCCAGCUACAGGCACAAGGCCGGGGAGGCGU